GCGGAAGUGUCUCCGGAGAGGUUCGCAGCAAAGACGACAACCCCGUGUCCCACAGGCCCCCAGCUCUGGGCCCCAGUGCUCCCGGGCAGGAUCCAUGCGUGGGGAGUCGGGGCAGGAUGGAGAGCCUGGGGCUGCCAGCAGUGACCCUUGGGGAUGCCACCAUGGCCUACCUGCAGCAGGCUGGCAGAGGUGAAAAGCUGAUUGAAGGGCAAGUCAUUGAACUUGAAGAUGGGACCACAGCUUUUAUCCAUCAGGUGACAGUCCAGAAAGAGGCUGUGGCUUUUGAAGAUGGGCAGCCAGUGGUGCUGGAGGAUGGCGGCAUGGCCUUCAUAAAUGGCACAGCUAAAGAGAGUGACAAGCCCGGCACAUUCCAGGCUGUCCAGCUAGAGGAUGGCUCCACUGCCUACAUCCACCAUCCUGUCAUCGUGGCACCUGGCAGCACCACCCUGGAAGUGCAGACAGAAACUGGGGAGGAGAAGAUGCCUGGGAAGGAGGAAGAUCCUGUCAUCGUGGCACCUGGCAGCACCACCCUGGAAGUGCAGACAGAAACUGGGGAGGAGAAGCUGCCUGGGAAGGAGGAAGAUGAUGGCUUUGAUGUGGACACCAUUAGUGCAUUGCAGCAGUGUGGCAGGAAGGGGUCUGACAAGGAAGAGGAGGAAGUGACAGACACCUGCCAUGUGAAGAGUGAGGACUCCAGCAACAUCCCUUCCCAGGAUUUGCAGGAGGAGGUGGUGGUGCAAGACCAGAGGACGGGGCAGCAGGUCGGCAGCAGAGCUUUCCGCUGUGGGUACACAGGCUGUGGCCGCCUCUACACCACUGCCCACCACCUCAAGGUACAUGAACGUGUUCACACGGGUGACCGGCCAUACACAUGUGACUUCCCAAGCUGUGGGAAAGCAUUUUCUACAGGGUACGGGCUGAAGAGUCACAUGAGAACACACACAGGUGAGAAACCCUACAAGUGUCCAGAAGACCUGUGUAGCAAAGCCUUCAAAACCUCUGGGGAUCUGCAGAAACACAUCCGUACGCACACAGGUGAGCGCCCCUUCAAGUGCCCCUUCGUGGGCUGUGGCCGCUCCUUCUCCACGUCCAACAUCCGCAAGGUUCACAUCCGGACGCACACGGGCGAGCGGCCCUACAUGUGUGCAGAGCCUGGCUGUGGCAGGGACUUCACCAGUGCCACCAACUACAAGAACCACAUGAGAAUCCACACAGGGGAGAAGCCGUACCUGUGCACCGUGCCGGGCUGUGGGAAGCGCUUCACGGAGUACUCCAGCCUCUACAAGCACCACGUGGUGCACACGCACUGCAAGCCCUACACGUGCAGCAGCUGUGGCAAGACCUACCGCCAGGCCUCCACCCUGGCCAUGCACAAACGCAGCAGCCACGGCGAGCUGGAGGCCACCGAGGAGAGCGAGCAGGCCCUCUACGAGCGGCAGCAGCGGCUGGAGGCUGCUGCAGCUGCUGACAGGGGCUCUCCACUGAAGAGUCAGCAUAUUGCUUUCCUGUCGGAGAUGGAAGAAGAUGAAGAGGAAGAUUCUGUGCCUACACAAGUCUCACUUAUCUCUCAGGAUGGGACAGAGCAGGUCAGUCUGUGUCAGGAAGAGCUGCAGGCCCUGGGCAGUGCUGUCGGUGUGGUGGCGCAGAGCAGAGCCCUCGCUGUGCCCGAGGGGGAGCUGGGUGGUGACACCGGGGCCGUGACUGCGGCCAGCACUGAUGGCACCGAGGUGCGGGGGGUGACCCUAGUUGCUCCUGGGCCAGUGGUGUCAGAGGAAUCGGACAUCGCCCUGCUCUGUCAUCAACAGGUGUCAUUGCUGGCCACCUCCCAUGGCACCUACCUUGCUGUGCAGCUGGAAGAGCAGCAGAGCCUGGAGGAAGCCCUCAGCAUGGCCGCAGCAGUCAUCCACUACGAGCCAGUGCCCCCUGCCACAGCCCUGCCUGAGAAGGGCAGCUGAGGCCAGCAGAGCCGCCGGGGCAGGGGCAGCCCCAGCCUGUCAUGUGCAGGGCAGGGACAGUGUCUGUGCCAGUGCCAGCGUGUGCCCUGUGCCACCCAGGACACUGCUGGGGCAGUGUGGGGCUGCUGGGGUGACCCUGUGUGAGGGGCUCUUCCCUCCAGGGAGGGAGGGCAAAUACACUGCUGCCUGCUCUGGGCUCUGAGCAGCAGCCCCCUUUUGAGGGGCAUUUCCUGUCCCCUCCCUCUAGGAAUGGUCCAACAGCUCCCUUUCCUUGCCCACACCUCCAGCUCAGGGCCAAGAGGACAACACAUGGACAGAAGCAAUAAAAGGCCCUUCAGAGCAAGCCCAGGCUGUCCUGAGCUGGGUGUGGAGGGUGACCAGGUCCUGCCAUCUCUUUGUCACGUUCCUUUCUCAAGCAAGGCUUCCCUGGCAGAUCCCUUGGCUAUGGAGCAGAGCUGCCAGCACUUGCCAGGAGCUGAGCUACACCCGGUUAUAAAUGCUGAGUUGAAAUUAAAAAAAAAAAACAAAA